UCAACAAAGGGUGCUGUGUGGGGAUCCCAGCCUCGAUUUUUCUUCAGUUCAGAUUUCAGUCAGCAAUAUGAAGGAAGUGGCCGAUCUGCUUUUCGCUGUCCCCAUCCACGUUUAUUUCAAGCUCUACACCAACUGGAUAUCCGCAUUACGCUGCAUUCCUCAAACAUCUGCUUUUGAGGGUGCGAGUCGCUUUCAUCUCCGUAAUUGGGCUCCAGAUAAAUAUCAGUGUCGCCUUUUAUACAAGAAAAGUUGUUGUUGCCAUUAUUGUUUGUUUACGUGAUUUGACUGCGGCAAAUUGCAAUCGACGACUGGAGCAGAGCAGCAGCGGAAAUGUUUGGGUCUGACUGGUGGAGGAUGAGCCACCUCUUCGUGGUGGUGUUCCUGUCGGACUUCAGUACCUACGUCGUUAAUCCGGCGAUCAACGACGUCUUUGUCGAUGCGGUUUGCGCCGGCAAAGAUGAGUGCUCUCUCGCUCUUUAUCUCACCGGAUUCCAGCAGGCGAUUACAGGAUUAGGAGCAACGAUUAUGAUGCCGGUGAUAGGAAAUCUGUCUGAUGUUUAUGGCAGGAAAAAGAUGCUCUUAAUCCCUUUGGUUUUAGCCGUUAUUCCAACAGCAAUCCUGUCCUGUAAGAGAACAACAGAUUUCUUCUAUGCUUUCUAUGCAUUCAAAUGUUUAACCGGCAUGAUAACUGGGGGUGGUGUUAUUUGCAUAUCUCUUGCUUAUUUGGCGGACAAUGUGUCUGAAAGAACUCGCAUAUCUGCAUUUGGAGUUCUGUCUGGCGUAACCAGUGUUGCAAAUGUCAUUGGCACCCUAUCCGCUCGCUUCCUAUCCACUUCUGAUAUAUUUCUGGUUUCAACAGCUGCGUCUGCUGUUGCGGUUGUAUAUACAGCGCUCUUGGUGAAAGAGGAGAGCCAUAAUGAUGAUUCUAAUUCUUUAGAACAGCCAAUCCUCAAUUCAAUAAAACCACAAAGCCAUGAAGAAGUUAAUUGUGAAUCAUCAAGUCACAGUAACUUUAUGACAGGCAUUCCAUCACCCAAGCAUAUAAUUUACUUGCUGAAGAGUAGUACUACACUUUCACUGUUGGCAAGUGUUACUUUCUUCAACAGCCUUGCAGAGACAGCAAUUUCGGCAUUUUUACAGUACUACCUAAAGGCUCGAUUCCAUUUCAACAAGGACCAGUUUUCUGAGAUACUGCUAAUUACCUAUGCUGGAGUAACAGUAACCAGUAUAUUUUUCCUUCCGGCUGUUGGCCGCUUUAUAGGAGAGGAGACCUUGCUUAUGGUAGGACUCUUUGGUGGUUUCCUACAUAUGCUUAUUGAUAGCAUAGCUUGGUCCCCUUGGGUGCCUUAUGCUUCUGCGUCGUUGGGGAUGGUCUUCGCCUUGGCAAGCCCAAAUAUAAAAAGCUUGGUUUCCAAACAAAUUGGUUCAAAUGAACAGGGCAUUGCACAAGGAUGCAUUAUGGGCAUCACAUCACUGACCUUUAUUGCAUCACCAAUCAUUUUUACCCCUCUUUCAGCUAUAUUUUUUGCUGAUGAUGCACCAGCUAAUCUCACUGGCUUGAGCAUCUUCUGCAUUGCACUGGCUUAUCUGAUUGGCUUCAUCUUGAGCAUAUUCAUAAAGAUCAUUCCACGUGCUGCAAAAGCAGGAAGCCCUCAAGUUGAAGAAGGGAUGUGACAGCUACAUUAACAACAUCAUCAAUCUUUGAUAGAUUGUUGCCCUCUGCAACAUAUGCUAGCAAGUAAGUACCAAGCAAAUAUUGAUUCGAUGAUGCUGCUGCUGUUGUAAAAAAUCAUAUGUGCUAGAGAUGUGUAGAGUAAGUAUAUUGAGGGAACGAUGGAAGUGAAGAGACAUUUUGAUUUGUGAUUAAUAAAUUAUUGGAUCAUGAAAGGAGUGUUUUUCAAAAAUAGAUUUAAAUUUAGAUUUGUUUUUAUUUAUAAACUUUUAUUUUCGUUAUGAAUAAUAAUGUAAUUUUUUAGUCUUUCUAAUUUAUUUCUCACU